AUGCGUGCCCACUACAGCAUUGUAGUUUUCGAGGUGUCAGCGGACGGUCAGGACGCUAACUUGACGCAGACGCAGCUCACCCGGGUGGUUGGCGAAGCUCGACGGGUGCGGCAGGUGUCAUGGUGCGUGACGGUGGUGGUGGUGAGCGACGACCUCGCCUUCCUCGCCACCUUCGCUCAGUGGUCCCUCAAGGACCGCCUCCUGGUGUGGUCGACGAGGCUCCUGGUCGUCACCCGUCUCCCCCUCCACCUGCUACAGGUCCUCCAUGGGCUGCUCUCCAUGACUAACUCCAUUCUUCUGAUUAUUCAUGAAUCACUAAUCAACUUCAGAUGUGUUAUGUACAUCCAGCUGCCGUACAGUCCUAGGGAAGCCCAGGCGCUGAAGGUGGCCUCCUGGACGUCCCACCGAGGCCUCGCCCUCACCUCCAGCCUCCCGCUCUUCCCUGACAAGUUCUCCAGGUUACUUCAGCGGCCGACUCUGAAGUUGGCAACAGAGAUAAACUCCCUUAACAUCAUGGUUACCAGAGAGAAAACCAAGAUUCGCCCGGAAGAGAGACUGGAGUUUGUUGGACCCUUGCCGGACCUGGUGUCAUACCUCGCCACGGCUCUCAACUUCUCGUACAUGUACUUGAGACCUCCUGAUGGAUCUUGGGGCAUUAAGCGUGUCGAUGGUACCUGGUCAGGCAUGAUGGGUAUGGUGAUCAGGCAGGAAGUAGAUGUAGCAGUUGGCCUCUUCGGUAUUAGUGGAGUGCGCGCUGAGGUAGUGGACUUCAUGGAACCAAUUCUUAUAGAAUACAUUAGGAUGCUGGGAGCGCGCGGCCGGCCGGAGGUGGACCCCUGGGGCUUCCUGUUUCCUCUGGAGCCGGUGGUGUGGGCGGCCAUCCUGGCGGCGCUGCUGGUGCUGCCUCUGACGGCCUUCCUCAUGUCUUCAUGCUUCUCACUCAGGACCGUCCAUCAAAAUAAGAACUUUCUGACAACAUCCGCUUACCUCCGUAUUUUGUUGAAUCAGAGAGAUAAAAAGAAACUUGGAUAA